AUGGCGAAUGAAGAAGAAUCAUUUGACGGAAAUGAUUGGGAUCAAGUCGGCUUAGUUCCAGGGCGCGAUGUUAUAAUGUCGGAGUUAGAGCCAUUGGACGAACUACUGCAAUUGAUACCUAAAAAGGCUAUCAGUGGCCUGAUCUCAUACCAGCAACAUGUAACCUCAGUUACAGCCAAAGAUAGUUUCAUUUUCAUAGGAACUAACUUAGGUGUUAUCUACGUCCUAGAGAAAUUUUACGGCGUCUUGGCUAAGAUCCAUGCUGAGAACCGAAAGCAUGAAAUUACUUGUCUUGCCAUGCAAAAUUCUCAUGAUUACCUAGCUUGCGGUAGUAACAAAGGAACGUUGGUAGUGUUCAAGUUACGGAUAUCUAGAGAUAAUGUUACGGAGCUUGUAAAGAAAUCGAUUGAAUCUAGCCAUGUUGCAAAUAUAAAAUGCAUGAUAUGGUCUCCAAACGGCAAGCGACUUUUUACCGGUGACGCCUCGGGGAAAGUAUCUGUCACUUUGAUCGAUUUUGAACAGCGACAACUGAGAUCUAGUGUCCUAAUUCAUGAAGAUUCCGGAAUCUGUCAGCUUGAUUUCUUAAACAAUUACUUAGUCGUUUCAUCAAAGAUGAAAUGCUUCAUUUGUAAUUGUGAUCCCAAAUCAAAGGAAAUUGUCAUACAGCAAGUUGGUUCAAAACCUCGAAAAUCACCCGCAGAUGUAGGCGCAUGUUUAUGGACCAAUGAUGAUCAAAUCAGUAUCUAUGCAUGUAGACCAGGUCUACGAUUAUGGAAGGCAGAUGUUCAAGGAAAAGUCCAAACAACCAUGAUAUUUAAAGACGCAAUUAUAAAAGGAAUGUAUCCACCAAUUGCAAUGCUGGGUUGUUUUUCCUUACCGACCAGUACUGAUUACGAAGAGAAUUUACAAUUUGGGCUCGUUCGUAAAUUCAACAAUCAGUAUCUAUGUAUCUGGUAUAGUCACUAUUUAUGGAUCAUCGACCCCCUAAAACAAGUCAUUGUUGGUGGUAGUAUUGAUGUCGGAAACAUCAUUGAUGUAGCUUUAACGGACACAGAUAUAUACUUAUUGCGAAUUGGAAAUGAAAAACCGUUGUUAAAGCUUUCUCUGGCAUCUUCCGUUUCUGUGGUACCUCGCUCCCCUCCUCCUGUGGAAGAACAUACCAUCUUACCACCUGCUACCAGUAACAUUCCUGAAGACAAAGAUUCUGGAAUAACGGAAGAACAUGUUCCUAUAGGGAAAAAAAUUGCUUCUAUAUUUACUCAUCAUAAAUCAAAAGAGCAAUCAACUGAAGGCUUUGCCAAUUCAACCACGGUCGUGGUUCCUCCAUUAUCAAAAGAUAUGGACACUCACUUAUACCCUCAAAAUAUUAGCCAAACACUACCUCAAGAUAAUGUCGAAGAGGAAGUUGUUAUACACCAUUCUACCAGAAAGAAGAAGAAGAAACAUAUAAAACGAAAGCCAACUGAAACGACGGAUAACGAAGAACAUGGCGAUAAUAACAAAGCGGAUACCGAUGAGGUAGCGGGCAAAGAACUAAAUGAAAAUCAAAAAGAUUUUACGAUAAAGGAAACGGUUUUGCCAGUAGAUAAUUCUGCCUUAAGUAUAACUGAAGAAUUAAACAACAUCAGUAAAAAUUUGCAAAUAAUGGAAACCAGUGUUAGUGAUAUUUUAAAAGAGGAGGAAUACAACUUGAAUGAUACCACUAAACAGUUAGGCGAUAUCAUGGAUGUUAACAUGCCUACAGAUGAUGACGAAUUAAAUCCAAUUGACAUUAAAGAAAGUGAAUCAAAGCUUAGCAACUUAGCUCAACCUGACGGAUCUAACUUCAGCAAUACAAAUAAUGUUACAUCGCGUGAAGAAAUCUAUAAACGAGAUACAGAUUCUCAUUUAUCUAUCGAUGUUGUUUCUCAAAUGGUUGAUAACAACGAUAAUUAUUGUAUAACCGCUGAAGUAAACCCCCUAUCUUGCGAUAAGAAUGCAAGUACUACAGAAGUUAUGAAGACACAUUCUGAUAAGGAAUUACAGUCGAAAGUAUGUAACAAAGAUCAUGAUGAAGAUUUAGCUACGAUAAAGAAAGAAUCGACCGAAGAUAAUAAUCUAUCAGAGAAUAAUGCGAUAGCUAAUACUUACGAUAUCAUAGAUUCACGUAGUUCCCCUGAAGCUGAAGCUCCAGAACGUAAUAUUACUUUGGAUGCAGAUGAUUGCAGCAACGUGAUACUGAGUACUGCAACAAUUAAUACUGAUACAAGUGUUAAGGAGGAUAAAAGCGAUGAAAGUGUAAAACAGCAGCCUGAUAUUAUCAGCGCUGGAAGCCCCCGUGAGGAUAAGGAAAAUACAGCUAUCGCAAGGCCGAAGGAAAGUCCGCAAAGUGAACACAAUAUUGCUUCAUCUUCAGUUCCUUCUAUUGCCGAUACUUGGUCUGAAUAUCCUGGGCCAGGAGGAAACUAUCUGGAGCAAACUUUCGCACCUAUGAAUUACAUUACGUCAUCAAAUAGCUUGAUUUGGUGUUGCGAUAAAAGUGAACGUAUUUACUACAUGCCCACAGAUGCUGCAAAUCGUACAUGGCAUAGAAUAGAUGGAAAUGCUAUUCAAAUUGCUACUUCCGUUAGCGGUGACACUAUUUGGUGUGUUACAAGUCGUGGAAAAGUGGGUUAUCGGACCGGAAUUGUUAGGCCAGGCGUACCAAUUGGAAAGGCGUGGUCAUUCUUAACAGAUGAUAUCGAUUCAAUUACGCAACUUGAUCUUAGUGAUGGUUGUGCAUGGGCUGCUACACGAAAGCAUCUUUGCCUUGUUAGACUAGGUAUUUCGGAUUUACAACCUGGUGGCGUUUUAUGGAAUAGAGUUCCCACGAAAACCGGUGUUGUUAUGGUUGCUUGCAACAAUAAUAUUGUUUGGGCAAUUGAUCGAAAUGGUUACAUCAUGGUAAGAUUGAAUGUAACACCGGAUGUUCUCGUCGGCGAUUCAUGGGCAAAAUUAUCAAACCUGAAGGUAACCUAUAUCAGUUUGAAAGACUUCAAACGCCGACUCGCUUGGGUUAUUGAUUGCCACGGUGACAUUUACUAUCGUAAAGGUGUUACGGCUGAAAAUCCAUUUGGCGAAAAUAAAUGGUAUCAAAUUUCUUUUGGAACCUAUCAAGUGAACCAGGAAGCAUCUAUAAUAAAUACAAUCAUAUCUACUUUUGCCAAAAAGAAUGAAGCGAAAGCUGUUGUCUGUACACCUGGUUCCGGCCUAUGUGUCCUAAGCUAUAAUAAUAACAUGUAUAUUGCACAUGGAAAUUUAACUGGAACAUUUUGGGGACCAUCGAAUCUUGUUGGAGUUGCAAAGUCAACUCCCUUUAAGUUAGUGUCGGCAUCAUCUUAUGGCGAUGAUGCUGGUCUAAUUUGGGUGGUGCAACAAAGUGAUGAAGUUUUUACAAUUGACGGCCAAAAUAGGCUAAGUAAUAUUAAGGCACCAAUUUCGAUUAAAGAAAUCUGUUCGUCUGCUGAAGGUGUUUGGGCUAUUAGUAAAGAUGGGAAAUUAUUAGUAAGAAAGAACAUUACGAAACACUAUCGGCAAGGCGAUGAAUGGAAUAUCGUGGAUCUUUUUCAAUUAGGCAAUGUCCCCAUGGUUAGUGUCUCUUGCGGAAUUUUUAGUGUAUGGGCCGUUGAUAUUAAUGGAUGUAUUUGGUAUCGAACUGGAGUUGCUGAUUUACAAGCAUCCAUUUCUACAACACCAGCUUGGAUACCAGUUGACAGUCAAUUGCCACAUAGCUGUCAUUUUGUACAAAUAUACACAAGUCCUGGAGAUUGGAUGGUAUGGACGUGCGAUAAUAAGAAUAAUAUUUAUGUACGUACUGGCAUUCGACCUGAAUUUCCGAUAGGAGAAUCAUGGGAGCAAGUGCAAGGAGCUUCAGCUGUGGCCCUAACUAUCAGUAACCGGUUUAUAUGGGCCAUUUGUCCCGAUGGUAGCUUGAUCUGUCGCUAUGGAAUUACGCCAAAUAAUAUCGCUGGUGAUUAUUGGAAAAAAGUGCCUGGAAAUGUUAGCAGAGUUUCUGCUACGCCGUUAGAUGAAUUGUGGGGUAUUGAUAAGGAUGGAAUAUUAAUUCGUCGUGAAAUUGACAUUCUGCGUCAUUCAUUAGAUAACGAGAUAGACGUCGAUGAGAGUGAUUGGGUAUUAAAUCUCUUGUUAUUAAUGAUGACGCACAUGUAUUAA